AUGUCAAGUAAAAGAGCAAAGGGGAAGAACACCAAGAAGCGCCCCCAGCGGGCCACGUCAAACGUGUUUGCCAUGUUUGAUCAGUCUCAGAUCCAGGAGUUCAAAGAGGCUUUCAACAUGAUCGACCAAAACAGAGACGGAUUCAUUGACAAAGAAGAUCUCCAUGACAUGCUCGCCUCAUUAGGUAAAAAUCCUACUGAUGAGUACCUGGAGGCCAUGAUGAAUGAAGCUCCUGGGCCAAUAAACUUCACCAUGUUUCUGACCAUGUUUGGAGAGAAGCUGAACGGCACAGAUCCAGAGGACGUGAUCCGCAACGCAUUCGCCUGCUUUGACGAAGAGGGUACAGGUGUGAUCCAGGAGGAGUACCUGCGGGAGCUGCUCACUACCAUGGGCGACAGGUUUACCGAUGAGGAAGUGGACGAGCUCUUCCGCGAGGCGCCGAUUGACAAGAAAGGCAACUUCAACUACGUAGCUUUCACACGUAUUUUAAAACAUGGCGCCAAGGACAAAGAUGAUUAGUGGCGGCAGAUGUGCCUUUCGAGCUUCACUUUACGCUUCAUUUGAAUCUUUUAAACGGGUUUCUGUUUUAAUUAGAUCAGCUAUAUCCUUAGUUUGGCUGAUGAAAAGCUUCUCUGUGGUAUAGCCUGCUGAAGGUCAUUUGUUCAAGCUGCUUCCUUGACCUCUGGGUCCCCCCUCCCCUUUUCAGAGCUCUUUUGCACAUCUGUGAUGACACUACAGGGUCCAAUUAUGUAAGUAAAAGACAGGCGAAAAAGACCCUGAUAGAGAAAGCUGGAAAUAAACUGACACGAGGUGUAUAAUUAAGACAAAUAACUUGUGUUUUUGUAGUAAUGUUCUGACAUUAAAUUGUGGUCUGAAACAAGA